AAUAGAGAAUGACCUUACCAAGGCCAAUGUCAUGUAGACACAAGAAUUACGAAAGAGAGGGGGAGAGGUGAGCUAGUGGCGGCAUAAAAAGACCAGCAGAUGCCCCACAGCACUGCUCUUCCAGAGGCAAGAUCAACCAAGAUGAGUGCCCUGGGAGCUGUCAUUGCCCUCCUGCUGUGGGGACAGCUUUUCGCAGUGGAUUCAGGCAACGAUGUCACGGAUAUUGCAGAUGACGGCUGCCCAAAGCCCCCUGAGAUUGCAAAUGGCUAUGUGGAGCACUUGGUUCACUACCACUGUAAGAAAUACUAUAGACUGCGCACAGAGGGAGAUGGGGUGUACACCUUAAACAGUGAGAAGCAGUGGACAAAUAAGGCUGUUGGAGAUAAACUUCCUGAAUGUGAAGCAGUAUGUGGGAAGCCCAAGAAUCCAGCAAACCCGGUGCAGCGGAUCCUGGGUGGACACCUGGAUGCCAAAGGCAGCUUUCCCUGGCAGGCUAAGAUGGUCUCCCGCCAUAAUCUCACCACAGGGGCCACGCUGAUCAGUGAGCAAUGGCUGCUGACCACAGCUAAAAAUCUCUUCCUGAACCAUUCAGAAAAUGCAACAGCAAAAGACAUUGCGCCCACUUUAACACUCUACGUGGGGAAAAAUCAGCUUGUAGAGAUUGAGAAGGUGGUUCUACACCCUAACUACUCCCAGGUAGACAUUGGGCUCAUCAAACUCAAACAGAAGGUGCCUGUUAAUGAGAGGGUGAUGCCCAUCUGCCUACCUUCAAAGGAUUAUGCAGAAGUAGGGCGUGUGGGUUACGUGUCUGGCUGGGGGCGAAAUGCCAACUUCAAAUUUACUGAUCAUCUGAAGUAUGUCAUGCUGCCUGUGGCUGACCAAGACCAAUGCAUAAAGCACUAUGAAGGCAGCACAGUCCCCGAAAAGAAGACACCAAAGAGCCCCGUCGGGGUGCAGCCCAUACUGAACGAACACACCUUCUGUGCUGGCAUGUCCAAGUACCAGGAAGACACCUGCUAUGGUGAUGCAGGCAGUGCCUUUGUUGUUCACGACCUGGAGGAGGACACAUGGUACGCGGCUGGGAUCCUAAGCUUUGAUAAGAGCUGUGGCGUGGCUGAGUACGGUGUGUAUGUAAAGGCGACUUCCAUCCAGGACUGGGUUCAGAAAACCAUAGCUGAGAACUAACGCAAGCCUGGCUGGAUGCCUUUGCCUGAAAGCAUGAUUUCAGCCUGGAGGAGGGCAAAGUGGAUGGGAGUGGACGGGAUAAGACGUGGUUUGAAGCUGAUGGGUGCCAGCUCUGCGCUGCUGAGUCAGUCAAUAAAGAGCUUUCUUUUGACUCA